AUGGCUCCUGCAGCACCAGUCGCUCUCAUCACCGGAGGCUCUUCAGGCAUCGGUCUAGCAUUAACAAAACACCUCCUCUCCCAAUCCUGGCACGUCUUCAUCGCCGACAUCAACCCACCUCCCGCCUCCGAACUCGCCGACUUCCCACCUUCAACCCACCACUUCCACAUCACCGACGUAUCAUCCUGGGGUGCCCAAUCCUCCGCCUUUGCAACCUGCUUCUCCCACUUCGGCCGUCUUGAUUUCUGCGCCUUGAACGCCGGCAUAGACGACCGCGAUGAUAUAUUCAACUCCACCUCCAACGAACUCGAUCUCCCACCCACAAAACCCAAUAUGAAGACUUUUGAAGUCAAUCUGUUUGGUCCUUAUUACGGUGUCAAGCUUGCUGCUCAUUACAUGGCGUUGAACCCACCUUUGAUGGGCAAAGGCGAGGGUAAAGGUGGAAGAAUUGUCAUUACGGCUUCGGAUGCGGGACUUUGGGCUCUACCUGCUGUGCCGCAGUAUACGGCUACUAAACAUGCUGUUGUUGGUCUUGUGCGUUCGCUGGCGCCUUCUGCUGCUCAAGUGGGGAUUAGUAUUAAUGCUGCUGCUCCUGCGCUUACGCCUUCCAAUCUGGCACCUCCGGGUUUGCUGGAGAGUUAUCCGAAAGAGGCGUUGACGAAGAUGGAGACGUUGUUGAGGGCGUUUGAUGCUUUGGGUAGAUUUGAUGAGGUCGAGGGUGAGGGUUGGGGUGGUGAGGAGCCGAAUGGGCAGAUUGUUGAGGGGAGAGGAGAGGAUAUCUAUUAUAAGGGGGAGAUGGCUAGGACGGCCGGGAAAGAGGUACCGAAGCGUAAGUUCUCUUGCUUGAUUAUCAUGAAGUCCGAUAUUGACGUGCUGCAGACAUCCAGAAGAUCUGGACGGAUACGUACAAAGAGCGUAACAAGAAAUUCGCAAUGCAGAAUCAGGAUUGAGAAGGGAAGGUUGAGGGCAAGAAAUGGAGAAAAGACGAACGCAGAGCAGCUCGCCAAUUGCAUUAUAGCAUGCUUUGAAUAUAUAUCGUGUAAUCUUGAGACCGAUAAGUCGCAACGAUCUGUAGCUGCUUUCUGAAAAGCAUCUCAAACAUGAGGCACACUGUCCAGUGCUGUAUCAUGGAGCUGCAAGUCGUGUAGCUGGACCUUUGUUUCGCUUGGCACAGACUCCAGCUAUAGCUAGUCACGAAAA